GCCGGGUUUAUAGCAGCCAGGCAGCCCGGAGCACGGGAACGCCAGUCACUGGGCAGCAUGCUGUGUGCCCUGCUUCUCCUGUCCAGCCUCCUGGGGCCCACCAUGGCUGGCCCCAUCUCGGGCCCCCGGGACUGUGCCAAGGGACCCGAGGUGUGGUGUCGUGACCUGCAGGCAGCUGCCAGGUGCGGGGCUCUGGGGCACUGCCAAACAGCUGUCUGGAGCAAGCCCACCACCAAGUCCCUGCCCUGUGACGUGUGCCAGGAAGUGGUGGCUGCUGCCGGCAACGGGCUGAACCCGGACGCCACUGCGUCCGACAUCCUGGCCUCAAUGAUGAAGACCUGUGAGUGGCUUCCCAGCCAGGAGUCCUCAGCCUCAUGCAAAGGGAUGGUGGACGCCCACAGCACGGUCAUCCUGAGCAUGAUCAGCAGAGACCUGGGCAGCUCUGCAGCCCAGGUGUGUACUGCGCUCACCCUCUGUGAGCCGCUGCAGAGGCGCCUGGACGCCCCAGGGGGACCAGGGGGACCACUCUCCCAGGAGGACACCUCCCAGGCAGUGGCCCCAUUCAUGGCCAACGGGGCCCUCAGCUUCCACCCUCCACAGAAACCUGGGGGUGCUGUGUGCCAAGAGUGUGUCCGGCUGGUCUCCCAGCUCCAGGAUGCUCAGAGGUCCAACUUGACCUUGGCAGGGAUGAACGUCCAGGGUCAGUGUGACUCCCUGGAGCCUGGCCUGGCUCUCCUCUGUAAGAGCUACAUCUACCAGCUCUUUGUCCCUGCAGAGCAGACUCUGAGACUUCUCCCACCACAAGGGGUCUGCAGGAAGGGUGGCUUCUGUGAGGAGCCUGCCCACCAGCUGGCUCACAUAGCUGCUGUGGACGGGGUCCCCUCCCUGGAACUGGGGCUGCCGAGGAGGAACGAGGUCCAGAUGAAGUCAGGCCUGACCUGCGAGUUGUGCCUGGAUGUGAUCCAGAAGCUGGACCAGUGGCUGGUGACCAACAGCACCGAGGCCAUGAUCAGCCAGGCCCUGGAGCGAGUGUGCUCCCUAAUGCCCGCCUCCAUCCUCCAGGAGUGCAUCACCUUGGUGGACACCUACAGCCCCUCCUUGGUGCAGAUGGUGAGCAGAGUCACCCCAGAAAGAGUGUGCAAGGCCAUCUGGCUCUGUAGCAGCCGCAGGCGGGCCAGGGCCGUCUCAGGGGCCCAUGCUAAGGAGCCGUCCCUGCUGCUGAAAGAGGAUGGUCAGGGCAGCUUCUGCAACGGGUGCAAAAGGCUGCUGGGUGUGUCUUCCCAAAACCUGGAGCUCAAGAGCACCAAGCGGGACAUCCUGAAAGCCUUCAAGGGCGGCUGCCACAUCCUGCCCCUGCCCUACAUGGUGCAGUGCAGCCGCUUCGUCACCGAGUACGAGCCAGUGCUGAUCGAGAGCCUCAAGGAGAUGAUGGACCCCGAGGCUGUGUGCAGGAAGAUGGGGGCCUGCCACGCCUCCAGGGUCCCACUGCUGGGCACCGACCAGUGCGUCCUGGGCCCCAGCUUCUGGUGCAGCAGCCCAGAGGCCGCCGAGCUGUGCAACGCUGUAAGCCAUUGCCAGCACCUCGUGUGGAAGGAAACGUCCUUCCACAGCAGGGAGCACCCGUGA